AUGACCGCACAAGCCGAUACCAAAUCUAAAAGGCUCAAUGAAUAUACUGUGGGAUGGAUCUGCACGCUCCUCAAGGAGCAGACUGCAGCAACGACCAUGCUGGACCAGAGACACCCUGGUCUUCCCCAGCCAUCCAACGACCACAACACAUACACCCUAGGAUCCAUCGGCAAGCACAACGUCAUGGUACGGACAUUCCCAUCCAUCAAAGUCGGCCUCAUGGUUGGUAUCGGCGGUGGUAUCCCACCCAAGGUCCGACUCGGCGAUGUAGUGGUUAGCACACCCGUGGGUGAGUUCCCAGGUGUAGUUCAGUGGGACAUGGGCAAGACAAAGGACGGCAGCUUCGAGCGGACCGGGGCGCUAAAUAAUCCACCAACCUCACUCCUCACUGCCUUGACAAAACUAGAGACGGAACAUGACUUGUAUGGGACCAAGAUACCCGAGACCCUAGACGGACUAAAACUGAAAUGGCCAAGACUGUCACCGAAGUAUUUAAAGUGUGAUUCCUUCGAGGACACUUUGAACACACAUGAGUUCCAUCAGAGUGGGAGUAGAUGGCAGGUCAUUUCGAGACUCUUGGGGAUGAUCCUAACCUUCGUCACAUAUCUCUUAGGCUGGCGGGUGUUUACCCCCAGGCAUAGUGGGCCCGAACAAGUGACAAGCAAUGCAAUGAACACUGGACAUGAAGGGGGCCAGAACAAGCCUGGCGAUGUUCGCGUGCACUAUGGGCUGAUUGCAUCGGGCAAUCAAGCGAUUAAGGACGCUACCUUUCGCGAUAAGCUUGACCGUCAGUUUGGUGGCCACGUUCUUUGUGUUGAAACGGAAGCAGCGGGAUUAAUGAACGACUUUCCAUGCAUUGUUAUUCGAGGAAUAUAUAAUUAUGCAGACUCGCACGAGAACCAGGAAUGGCAGGAAUAUGCUGCAACUGUAGCCGCGGCAUUUGCAAAGGAGCUGCUAGAAUAUGUGAAACCAUCUGAUGUUGAAGAAGGACGUUCAGUGAAGGACUUGCUUGGCCAAAUUCAUGACACCGUGUCCAGGAAUAGGAUCGAUCUUAAAGUGAUGAGAUCUAAAUUGGACAAGAAGGAAGACCAGGACGUUCUUAACUGGCUUACACCAAUCGACUACGGUCCUCAGCAAAGUGAUAUCUUCAGGAGGCGGCAACCUGGAACUGGUAAAUGGCUUCUGCGCUCAGUAGAGUUCCAGAAAUGGCUUAAUACAAGCCGCCAAACACUGUUUUGCUCAGGUAUCCCUGGAGCAGGAAAAACGGUUCUCACAUCCAUAGUGGUCCACAAUCUCAUCAACGUCUUCUCCAGGGAUCCAACUGUUGGCAUCGCAUACAUAUAUUGCAACUUCCAGCGGAAGGAUGAACAGAAUAUUGACCACUUGUUUGCGAGUCUGCUGAAGCAGCUAACGGAGAGCUGCUCUCCCUUACCAGAGAGUGUGAAAGUCCUAUUUAACCACAACAAGGCCCAAAGAACGCGACCACCACUAGAAGACAUAUUGAGUGCUCUCCACUCCAUUGUUGCAAAAUACUCGAGGGUAUUUAUCAUUGUCGAUGCGCUUGACGAAUGCCAAACAUCCGAAGGCUGUCGGAUGAAGCUUCUCUCCGAAAUUUCUGGUCUCCAGGCAAAGAAUGGAGCGAAUAUAUUCAUAACCUCUCGAAUAGACGAUGGGAUUGGGAAGAAAUUUGCUAAGGCAAUAUAUCUGAAAGUCUAUGCAAGAGAUGACGACAUAGAGAUGUAUUUGGAUGAGAGGAUGCGACUCCAACACUCAGAUAUCUUCGACGAUACCAUUAAAAGCACAAUCAAGAGAGAUGUUAUCAAGGCAACUGACGGGAUGUUUCUACUAGCAGAGCUACAUAUGGAUUCACUCUUAUCGUUACCAACGAGAGGGCAUAUUAAACACGCUCUGCAGACUCUUACUAAAGGAAUAGAGAAGUUAGACAAAAUAUAUGAUCAAGCCAUGAAAAGAAUUGAGGACCAUGGGAAAGAAUGUCGAGACUUAGUGAAACAAAUUCUGGCAUGGACUUUUUAUGCUAGAAGGCCCCUUCUUACAUUAGAGCUCCAGCAUGCCCUUGCGGUUAGGCCGCAUACUGCGGAACUAGAUGAAGAUUACCUUCCAAGCAUUAAUCUCCUGCAAUCACUGUGUGUUGGGCUAGUCACAAUCGAUGAAGAAAACGGCACCAUCCGAUUGGCCCACUACACCACGCAAGAUUAUUUUCAAAGGACACAGCAGCGGUGGUUCUCGGGUGGGGAGUCAGAAAUCACAAAAUCCUGCGUCAUAUACCUAUCAUUCAGUGCUUUUCAGGGCGGGCCUUGCGACACAGACGAAGAAUUCGAAAAGCGCUUGCAGUCAUGUCCCUUCUAUAACUAUGCUGCACAAUACUGGGGACAUCAUGCUCGUGAUGCUUCGACUCUAUGCCCUGAAGUCAUAGAAUUUCUAAGUUGUGGCAUGAAGGUGGAAGCAUCAGCCCAGGCAUUGAUGGCUCCCAAUUCUGCGCAGCCGUAUAUAGAACACCAUUACCAGAAAUUUCCGAGGAAAGUGACAGGACUUCACUUGGCAGCAUAUUUUGGGGUUGAAGAAGCGGUUAAGACGCUUCUCAAAAAACGAGCCGAACCCGACGCAAUUGACAGCCAUGGUCGAACCCCAUUAUCAUAUGCUGCGCAAAAUGGGCACAGCACUAUCAGCAAGCUGCUUCUCGAAAAAGAUAUAGCUGCAGACUCUCUGGCUAAUAACGAGCUACUACCGCUAUUACACGCCAUGGGAUAUGGACAUACUGCAAUAAUGGAGCAACCACUAGCGACGGGAAGAGCUGAGCCGGACUUCAAGAACAGCCGUGGAAGAAUAGUAUCAUCCGCAGUAUGGGAAAGAUACGGGACAACAGUGGAGCAGCUCCUGGAGACAUGCAGAGUUGGUCGGGUCUCCAAUGUCAGUACCAGAAGGAUACCGGUGUCGCUAGCCGUAUGGAACGGAUACGAGAUGGUGGUCAGGCUACGUCUCGAGAUUGGUACUGAUAUGGAGACUAGAUACACUCUAUAUGGCGGGAUUCGGCUAUAUCUAGCUGCAGAAAACGGACACGAGGUGGUCGUUAAGCCGCUGCUCAGUAUGAAGAAGUUGAAGGCCAACGUGAAAGACAGCUUUGGCCGAAUAUCACUGUUCUAUGCUACAAAAUUUGGUCAUGGGGUCGGAAUAACGUUCAUUCUUUCCAACAGCGUCAUUAGUCCGAAUCAGGUAGACUACGAUGGUUCGACGCUGUUAUCAUCAGCAGUGCGAAACUCUCAUGCGGAGCAAGUAAAGAUCUUGCUAGCUACUGAAAUCGUUGCCUGUGACUCCCGGAAUUGUUUUGGACGGACUGUAUUUUGGUGGGCCAGAAGGAGUGGCCAUAAAGAUAUCGAGAAGAUGUUGUUUGAAUAUGCAAAGAAGAGGGGAAUAUUAUUAUCUGGUGGUCAUGAAAUGACUCAGGUAAAGGUUUAA